AUGACCUGGCCAACUACUGCUAUCUUCUUCAUCGUCAUGACCAGCGCGAGUAAUCGCAAAGGCGCCGGCCGUCUUGAUGGCAUUUCAGUGGCCUUAACCCACCUACAGCUGCAGCUGGGCGGGCUCCAGCCCAUCUUUUGCAGGACUGUGAGUUGGUGCUGUCGCAUUGACCACAUGUACAAAUGGGCCUGCCGAACUAAAGAGUUGUUCAGCCUUGCCUGUGAAAGUGAGGUCAUCUUGGACAAGCUGAUGUUUCACCCACGCUGGGGUACCAUCAUAAGAAGCGAUAACCCUACAGAGGAGGGAUGGCAGAUUGCCCUCGUGCUGCUGCCUGAGGCGUGGCUGCCCUCAGUCAGUGACCAAAAUGGCGUGUGCCCGUUUGUGCUCAUGACAGUCGCGUGUUUUCUUGGAAAGGUCAGAGCAAACUUCAGAUUUGGUGGGAGGUUUGAGCAGAUUUUUAGUGUUAGCCGGUCAGGCAAAAUGAGUUGGCACUCAAGUCCGGCUUGGAAGGGGGGCACAAACAAUAGUUCGGAGGCUUCUUGCACCUAA